AUGGCCCUUGAACGCUUGAGAAGGCGGUACAAGAGCACCCAUCGCCCCUACGCAGCAUGCUACUGGGGUGUCCACGCCAGGGAGGCCAAGUCGGCGGUGGAGAACAGCAUACGCAUCCUCACAAUGGUCGACGAUGAGGAGCGGCUAGCAUGCGUGUUGCAGAUCGCGUGGCAGACUCGAUCUGAUGAGAUGAGCUCCUGGGACUCACUACAAUCAGCAGGCGUCCACAAAUACCAGUCACAAAUUGUGUGCCACGCCUUCGUCAAUCAGCGACGUGGCCUGAAUAGCAUCAGUCUAGCUGCUCCUGCUCCUAACCUUGACCCUGACAGCGUCAACGUCAACCCAGAGCCCUCCCACGCCUGCGAAGACCUGAUCCGUAAUACUCGUGCCAAUGGUGUUGUGCUGGCUGUUGAUGUUUACAACUUCUGGGUGACGGUGCCUAUAGACCGAGCGGUUGCCACUCGCUUCAUACAGUAUUGGAACGACACGAUGCAGUUCCAGAGCACUCUCGACUACCUCAAGGAGCCCCCGACUCAUUGCCAGCAGCUUGCAGUAGACCUCAUCGCCGGUCUGAAUGAGAUCUAUGCUGCUAUCGAUAAUAAUUGGUUUGCCAAUGAGUAUCAGUUCGAGGCCACCAUCCAGAACGUUAUCUGUUCAGGAAAUGAUUCAUAUAUCAGCCUGUUCGGCAGCCUAGUAUCGUCCUUUAGCUUUGGCACUCCUCAUAGACUUACAUCCCUUUCGAUUGAUGGUAUUCAGCUGCUCAAGGUGUACUUGAUAGACAGAACCAAACGCAUCAAUGGCACCUAUGUCGUCGACUAG